ACCAUGGCUUUUACUGGAGGGACGGUGGAAAUUCUUGAUGAAAUUCCAGCUCAUGUGUGCAAGGGUUUACCUGACUGCUUGCAUCUUGGACCUUCCGCUAUAAAUCCAAGCCGUGUCGGUGUCUGGGCCACUCGGGCUAUCCCUAAAGGCAAGAGGUUCGGCCCAUUUGUCGGGGAAAAGAAAAAAAGGUCCCAGGUGACCAGUAAUGUAUACAUGUGGGAGGUGUAUUUCCCAGCACGGGGAUGGAUGUGUGUUGAUGCCACAGACCCCAUGAAGGGGAACUGGCUGCGAUACGUGAACUGGGCACGUUCCAUUGAAGAGCAGAAUCUUUUCCCUCUGGAGAUCAACAGAGCCAUUUACUACAAAGUUUUGAGGCCUAUCGGGCCGGGAGAGGAGCUGCUGGUGUGGUACACUGUGCAAGACAACCCCGAGAUAACAGCUGCACUGGAGGAAGAAAGAGCCAGCAUUCUGAGCAGGAAAAACUCAGCCAGGGCGAAGCGAGCCAAAAAAAAGCUGCUGGAUAGAGCCAAACCGGCUGCUUUAGGUGGAGACGAGAAAACAAACAUCACCAACCCAUCUGUCAAGGAGAUGUGGGAUGGAGAAAAAAGUCUGAAGGAGGAUGACGAGAGGCCAUCAACUUUAGCACCCUCGCAUAAACCCCAGGAAACCCAUCCGAUGGCAAGCAUUGACCAUAAGGAGGUGGAGGACAUGUCAGCAGUGAUGACAAACAGGGGAAAUGGGGAGGAGGAAGAAGAGGAGGAGGAGGAGGAAGAAGAGGAGGAGGAUGCUGAUGAUUUUGAGGGAUCAGUUGACGUACAGCAGCAAGCUGCUCAGCAUUCACAUGUGGCGGAUUCCAUGCAAAAUAAUCCUCCUGGCUCAUUACUUACCGGUGUUGAAGAAAGCCAUAAUUAUUCGCAGGGAAAGUUAGAUUCUAGAGAACCAGAGCCAGAUCUUGACAUCGAUCCCGACCUUGAUGGUGACCUAGAGGGUGAGUCAUAUCCCUGUCAGCACUGUGAGCGUCACUUCUCCACCAGACAGGGUCUUGAGCGUCACAUACACAUCCAUGCCAUCACUAAUCAACAAACGCAAAUGUUCAAGUGCCGGUACUGCAGCAAGUCCUUUGGCUCACAGGUGGGGCGGCGGCGGCAUGAGAGAAGGCAUGAGAGUGGACUCAAGAAAAAGCCUGGCUCUCUGGCAGGGACUGCCAGUUUACUCAGUCCUGUGAUGCAGACUGAUGGUUCAAGUCCAGACUGCACCAGUCCAACAAGUCACUAUAUAGCCAUAGGGUCCCAGUUUACUGGGGUACCUCUGCACAACGCUGAAAUGCAGAGAAAGGAAAUAGGGCCUUAUGCUGACCGUCCCUUUGUAUUGGAUGAAAAUGGGGAGUCAAAAGAGCUCCAUCCGUGCAAGUAUUGCAAUAAAGCAUUUGGCACACACACAAACAUGCGCCGACAUCAACGCAGAAUACAUGAAAGGCACCUGCUACCUAAAGGAGUUCGCAGGAAAGGCAUGCUUCUGCAAGAGGCCUCAGUGCAGAAACAGCAGCAGCCUGAUGAGUCCCCCAGCACCAGCCCUCCGCCUGUCUACGUGCCCAGUGCGGACACAGAAGAUGAGGUAGACAGGGAUGAUUACGCAGUUGACAUAUCCAAAAACAUAUCUGAGAAUUUGAACUUCUACAUUGACGGCAAGAUUGUGUCCACCAGUUCAGUUAGCACCUGCGAGGUGAUAGAGGUGGACUCGAGAUCUGCAGCCUUGUUUGGUCUGGACACGGUCAUCCUCAGCCCAGAUCAGAUCAGCCAGGCUCUAAGGGCGGGAGAGGGGAGAACGAGUGCCGCAAAGCAUGUCUCCAACAUUGGCCAGCCAGCGGGAAAAAGAAGAACAUCUACGCCCCCAUUUGUUCCCAGCCUUAAAGUGGAGUCCGAAUCAACGACUUUCACAGCCUCUUCAUCUUCCUCAUCCUCCUCUACAUCGUCCUCAUCUAACCUAUUAGUGAGUAGUCUGUUCCAACAAGCUGCCGAUCCAUCAGCAUUUCAACGAGAGAAGACGGUGUAUCUGUCACCUAAGCUCAAACAGCUCCUUCAGACACAAGACAUUCACAAAUCCACCAUCGCCCUGAUGACAGAAAGCCAUAGACUUGCCUCCCCGUUGUCGGUGACGCCCCUCCCAGGGGCUUCAGGCAGGUUUAAAAGAAGAACAUCCUCUCCCCCUUCGUCUCCACAACUUAGUCCUGCAUGUAAAACAGAGAGCUGUAAAGCCGAGGUGGUGAGCUCAAUUGCCCUGAAGGUGCCAAAGGUGGAGAGCCGCAGCACCUCCCCUCCUGGGAUCUUACUGGACAAGGAAGAUGGGGACAGCCUGAGCCUCACUGAAACCGAUAUGCACGGCCAAACCUCAUCUGGUAGCGGUGGAAAUUCUUGUAAUCAGCAGCCCUUGGAUCUGUCAAACUCUGUCAGUCGGAGGAGGGACAGCUCGAACAAGGUGCUGGGGGAUUCAGCUCUGGAUUUAAGCUUUCAUCGGAAGAGCAACGCUGAGCUUGAAUCUAAGGGGAGUCCAGCUCCACAGCCACCAACAAAAAAGAGAAAGCCAAACACCAGUAUGCUUGAAAAAGUGCUGAUGAAUGAGUAUUUAGGUCCGCCUUUGCCAGGAGAGGAGGGCUCCUCAGCCAUACCGAGCUUAAACUGUUUCCCCACUCGCUCUCCAACCGUUGCGUCAGAAACGGCCCACCCCUCUCCCCCCUCUUUGACCCCUGUAACCAUGAACCCCUCUUCCCCUGGCAACUCCAGUAUGACAUCUCCUACUCCGCCUCCCCCUUUACUGCCUACCAUACCUUCUCCACCGGCUAUGCCUAGCUCGCCUCUUUCUCAACCUUUAGACACCUCUGCAACGAGACCUCUUCCUGUCCUCUCCCCGAAAAUGUCUCCGAGAUCAGCUGAACACAAUCCCCUGUCAGACUCGGAGGAGAAUUUGUUUGCUGAAGAAAACAAAGAAGAGGAAGAGAACCAUAUCGCUAAGCCACUGGACUCCCCAAACACUCCACUUAAAGAGCCUUUCAAUGGUUCAUCGGCAUCAAGCCCUCCUGAGUCGACAUCAGGAGAUCUGCCCACUACAGAGGAGGUUUCUGUGACUGCAGCUUGCAACAGUCUGUUAAAUAACAAAAUGAACCAAAACCAAGACUCGGUAGCAGACAAAUCUCUUGCUGCUUCUCCACAAUCCACAUCUCCUUCAUCAUCUCCUCCCCCUGUAUCACGCCAUCCAUCCCCAUCACUGGUUUCAACGGCCUUCCCUCAGAUUAAGAUAAAAGAAGAGCCUCAGCACUGCGUAGAUGAGCUGCCAAUUAUGAAUCACGCACCUCAGGAGGAAGUGAACUCUUUUCCUCACUCUGCCGCUCCCAAUAAAAAGUCUGAUAAAACCUCGGAAUCAGAAGAAGUUGACUCGGUAUACUGCAAGACUUUUGUGUGUAACGUCUGCGAGGAGCCGUUCAACUCCAUCAAGGAGCUCAGUGGACAUAUCAUAGAGCACGCUGCGGAUUGGCCCUUUAAGUGUGAAUUCUGUGUGCAGCUGUUUGGAGACGCCCCAGCCCUGCUGGCUCACCGUUCGACACUGCAUGGAGUGGGCAGGAUCUCUGUGUGCUCGGUAUGUUCCAAGGAGUUUGCAUUUCUCUGUAAUCUCGAGCAGCACCAAAAAGAUCUGCAUCCCAGCGAGACCUGUACACACACCACUGUGGAGAGUGGCAAGCUAAGGCCACAGAACUACACAGAUCCAUCCAGAGCCAAAGAGGAGAGCAGUCCCUCAACACCAGCACCAGAGACAACCACUGAAGCUGCUCCACACAGUGAGGCUGAUGUAGCAAAAGAAGAGCCCGAUGUUAAUGGGAAUCAUGCAGAAGAGGGGGCGGAGGACCCCAAUGAGGAGCUGUACACUACAAUAAAGAUCAUGGCCUCAGAAGGAGGCAAGCCUAAAGGCCCAGAUGUUCGCCUUGGCAUUAACCAACACUACCCCAGUUAUAAACCACCACCCUUUCCUUAUCAUAGCCGGUCCCAUGCUGGCUCUGUAGCCUCAGCCACAAACUUCACCACCCACAACAUACCACAAACCUUCAGCACUGCCAUACGCUGCACCAAGUGUGGCAACAGCUUUGACAACAUGCCCGAACUGCACAAGCACAUUUUGGCUUGUGCCACUGCUAGUGAUAAAAAGCGCUACACUCCCAAGAAAAACCCCAUUCCCCUCAAGCAAAUAGUAAAGCCUCCCAACGGAGUCGUGUCACCCUCAGCAGCCAUCGCAGGCCAGAGUCCCUUCCGUAGAAUGGGUCAGCCAAAGAGACUUAACUUUAAUCAAGAUAACGGUAAAACAAAAAUGAGUGCGCUCAGUAAGAAGAAAAACCAGCUGGUCCAGAAAGCAAUUUCACAGAAAAACAAAGCUGCCACUACUGCAAAGAAGGCUAUUGUUAAGGUCGAAGCGGAGCAGGCCUCUAAUGUUUGCCCCCACUGCAGUCGGGAGUUUACUUAUCCUGCAAGUCUCAAUAAACAUAUGGCAGUCAGCUGUCCCAUGAAGCCCGUUGUUAAAAGGGGCAAAAAAGGUCUCGCUGAGGUGAAAAAGGAGCCAGUGUCUGCGCUUGAUAAAAACAUGAAUCUUAGAAAGAAAGCUUCAGACUGUGAAAUACCGCAGGCCGAGCUGGAGCCUAAACCUCUGGGGAAGACCAGAGCCCGGAGCUCUGUUGCAGCAGACCCUGAACCCUCUCAGACAAGCAAGGCAAAACCUGCUGCAACGCUGGGAAAACUAAAAAGGCCUGCCUCCUUCCCAGUGCCAGUUCCUGCCAGCAAGAAAACGAAAAAGGGUCAAGCUCAGUCUCUACCUCCCACCCCAUCAUCCCCGGACACUCCCAGCGAAGCAGCGCCACAACGGCCGGCCAUGAGGAUGCAGCGCGUGGGCAAAGAGGCAGCACCCAAGAGAUUAACAGAGGCCAAAUCUCCACCACAGCCGAAGAAAGAGGAGCGGUUCUCCCUUCGAACGAGGGAGAGAGUAGGGGGUCCGGUCACCAGGAGACAGAUGGUCAACGCUGCUCCUUCUGCUGAGGUGAAAGCAGAAGAGCCACCAAUUCAAGAGCCAAAAGAGACUCAGGAGGUGCUGAUGAAGUGAGCUCUGUGGACACUUUUUAAGCUCUUCCCGGGUAACUGGUGCUCACCUCUCAGGCAAAGCUCUGGACUAAUCACGGCACUGAAGGUGACCUCUGUGGUGGGCUUUUUCACUCAAAGAAAGUGAAGUCUGCUUCUCUUAACUGCCUUUGCUGGAUUUAAGGAGGGAACUCUUUAUCUUCCACCGAUCUUCUGAACUGAACUGAGCCUCGAUUUUAGCCAGCCUUGCAAAAAAAGGAAAAAGAAACUGUAAAUGACAAUGAGUUAAUAUAUACAAUACGUGUCAUAACUUGACCCAAAACAGUAAAAUUAGGGCUCCGUUAUGUUGGGAAGCUGAUAUAUUGCAAAUGGCAAUCAUGUAUCAGUUAGGGUUGGGGAAACUUGUUUAUUCUUUCGUUCUGUAUUUCCCCCUUUUUGUUGUUUAGAUUUUUGGAUGUUUCCAGAGUCUCUUAAUGCAUGUGCAGAAUAGAGUAUAAACUAGAUUAAGCCAAUUUCCAUGUCUCUCCCUAUGGGCACCUACUUCAGUUUAUACAUGAUUUGCAAAGUAUGUAUGUUUUGAUUUAAAUUUCUGUAAUCAUUAAAUGUAGAAUAUAUCUUUAUUGGCAUAUUUUGUUUGGGAAACAAAAAUGGAAAUGGCAGUUAUUCACUGCAACAAUUGGUCCUCAGGAACACUGUAUAUGUGUGUGGUAAGUAUGUUUAUGAUUAUAGGUGGAUGUGUGGCCUGACAGCUAUUCCUUUGGAUAAAUCUCAAGUUUGUCUCAUGUUUUUACUUGCCUUCUCAUACUCUUGUUUAUCUGACGUUGGCAGUUAAUUCCAAUUGUAAAAUUAUGGGAAUUGUGUUGUAGUUUCCUUAAACUAACUGUCCUUCUUGAAAAUAACUUUUUGAUAUCACUCAUUGAGCCCAGUGUUUCUCACAGCACUUUAAAACAACCUGCCAAAAUGUCUAGCUGGAUCAGUACGAUUGGCUUACUUAAACGUGAAUAAUGGAAUGUAUUAUUGUCUGCUGCACUUUGCAGACCCUGGUAAUUUGCACCAAAUUGGUUCAAAUCAUUAAUCUGAGUUCAAAUACAACUGUAACAGCAUCACAUCUCAAAGGUUCUUGCCCCCUUUUAAUAAUUUUACACAAAAUGACACAUGAACAACUUUUUGUAUGCCAUAUGCACGAUAACUCAAAUCCUCAAAUAAGUUGAAUGCAGCCGUGUUUUUGUUUUUAAGUUUUGUCCGUUGGUCGUGUGAGAAGUUGUUUCAUGUGUCGUUUCACUUUACAAGAGAGGUGUCACCGUUUUUCAUUUUAGGGCAAAGUAAUCAUGUGAGUUUAUCUAUUUGGUAAUUCUGUACCAAUCAAAUGCUUUAUAUUUUGAUUUAUAUUCUCCUGUAGUCACCACAAUUGCUCACCCUUUUCCAUAUUCAUAUUCAGUACCACAGAGAUGGCAAACACACAGCCAGUGCUUAACCGCUUGUAGCAUGUUAUGGAAAAAAUUGAACAAUAUGAUUUGAAGCUAAUUUAUAUUUCCACAAGAAAUCUUCAAGUUUGCCUUUCAGCAUCAAGAUUAUGUAUUUAAGGAUGAACAAAGACAAAAAAUCCCGAAUGACCUCAAGUAAAACAUUGCUGUAAUUGAUAUAAUAAAAAAGGUUUUUCAAUUUG